AAUUCUGUUUAUAAAAUGGAACACGAAAAAAAGAUGGAUGUGUCAUUUUCUAAAACUGAAUCAAUCAGCAUAAUUGAAUUUUCUAAACCAAACGACGAUGAUUCGGACAAAAUCUCAAAGCAAGCAAUAUCUUUGGUAUCUUUAAAUGAUGCUCGCGCCUCUGUGUUUCUACCAACCGUUUCACUUAGCAACCGUAAAGUUACACGUUCUCUUUUUGAAGCUUGUCGAUCUCAGAUGAUUAGUAAAGCUUUUCUUCCAGUGAAUUCAAAAUUUAGCUUUGUUGAAAAGUUGUCCAACGACAGAGGUGCAUCCAUACCAUUAGCAAUGUUAAAUAUUUUACCAUUGGGAACAUCAAUAUUUAGUAUGCCAUUUUGCAUUGCAGACGGUGGCUAUUUAGUUCUACUUGUUAUGAUUCUUAUAUGCAUAAUGGCUGACCUGACACAAACAUUGUUAGCUGACUGUUUAUACGCAAUAUCUCCAAGAAGCAAGCUAAGAAAGAGAGUGAAUGGAAGUUACAUUGAUGUUGCACGCGCAGUUUGGGGUGAAAAUGGCUCCAGGAUAUUACGUACAACUUUGAUUGUUUAUCAAUUUACAGGAUGCGUUGUUAAUAUUGUAAUGUUAGGUACAAACGUUCACAUUGUAUUACAACCAUACACAAGUCUUCCUUUGGGAGCAACUACUGUUAUAUUUUCUUUAUCAGUGUAUCCGCUGUUGUUUAUUAGAAAACUAUCAGUUCUUGCUUAUUUCAGCAUGACAGCUUUGUGCUCUUUAAUUGUGGCAAUUAUUAGUGUUUUAGUUUUAUUUUGUAUCGAAUCUGGAAAUUGGAAAAAUAAUUCCAAAAAUAUUGAAGUUAUGCACCGACAUGGAUUUUUGUUUUCCUUCGGAAUUAUAAUGCUAUCUUGCUCUACACACUCAAUUCUUCCACAAGUUGAAGGAAGCAUGAAAAACAGUUCCAAGAUUAAUCAGGUUAUCCAUCAAUCGUUUUUUUUAACGACAAUAUUGAAAUUUACAUUUGCUUUAUUAGGUUCAUUGUCGUUCGGACCAGACACUCAAAGUAUGAUAACUUUGAAUGCCGUGGCCUUAAGUAAACCAGUGAGUAUGAUAUCUUCUAUUGGAUUGAUUGGUUAUGCUAUAUUUAACUACCCUUUGUCAAUAUUUCUUGUAAAUGACUCUAUCGACAGUUUAAUUGAUGAUACCAAAGUUGAAAAAAAUAAAACGCUUUUGUACGUGUGGGUUGCUGUUACCCGUUUGGUUGCUGUUGCGUUAUCUGUAGCUAUUGCAAUUGUCAUGCCUUAUUUUGGAGUUCUGUUAUCAAUAAGAGGUAGUGUAUUAGGUACGUUCCUAAUGUUUGUUUUUCCUUGUUAUUUUCAUCUUAAGUUAAAGUGGAAAAAUUUAGCAAAGUGGCGCCGUUGUUCAGAAAUUUUACUAAUGUUUAGCGGAACGUUUGUUGGUGUUGUUGGAUUUUAUUCAGCAAUUGUUCAUAUUGUUUCGUCAGUAAGUUCCGGCCACGGUUAAAAAACUAAAGUUUAAAAAAUAAAGUUUAUGUGCAAACAUAAUUAUUAAAUUAGAGGUUAUUUAUCUA